CCGCUCGGCGUUAAGCUGGUUGGUGCUCGGGCUGGUCUGUGGACGCUAGCCAUGGCUCGACUCACCGCGCUGCUGCUGCUGCCGGUCCUCAUCGAGUCGGUGUUUUCCAUCUCCUUCUUCUUGCCGGUGAACUCCAGGAAGUGUCUGCGGGAGGAGAUCCACAAGGACGUGCUGGUGACGGGGGAGUACGACGUUAGUGAGCAGGCGAACACCAAGACCAACCUGAAGAUCACAGACUCUUCCAGCCACACUCUUUACUCCAAGGAAGAUGCUACUAAAGGAAAGUUUGCAUUCACCACAGAGGACUAUGACAUGUUUGAGGUGUGCUUCGAAAGCAAGUCACCUAUGGGGACCGGACGAGUGCCUGACCAGCUGGUCAAUCUGGACAUGAAGCAUGGUGUUGAGGCUAAAAACUAUGAAGAGAUUGCAAAGGUGGAAAAACUGAAGCCUCUUGAGGUUGAGCUGAGGCGACUGGAAGACCUGUCAGAGUCCAUCGUCAAUGACUUUGCUUAUAUGAAGAAGAGAGAAGAGGAGAUGCGAGACACCAAUGAGUCCACCAACACACGUGUGUUGUACUUCAGUAUAUUCUCCAUGUGCUGUCUCAUUGGGCUGGCCACAUGGCAGGUCUUCUACUUGAGGCGUUUCUUCAAGGCCAAGAAGCUGAUCGAGUAGAGCCGCUCCUCUGGUUGCUUGGCUGGAGGGACACUGCCCACCGGACAGCCAACACAUCCCAGCAUCCACCCUCCUUGGACAAGCUUCAGAAAACACCAACAACUGUGGUUUAGGGGCUCAAAUUCAAAUUUUCCAAGGUUGUGACAGUUUCAACGUUGUCAUUCGAGGGGGAAAAGAUUCACCUGCUUAUUUAGUGGUUUCGAAACAUACAAAGCUCUGUAGGAGAUGUGCGCUGGGAGACUUGUGGAGACAUGUCACUGCUUUAGUUCAACCUGUCUCUGUGGUAUACUGGUCUUUCUGCACUGCUUUGAUUGUUGCAGCUCACUUAAUAAGAACUUGUUCCUUCAAUCAGUUGAACAGUGGCUUUUUGAUUUUGAGCUCAGUUUGAAUGGAUGUGCCAUGAGUGAAUGUCUGCCCUUCUGUUUAUAUACACAUUCUUUGCCAUGCCAAGCAAACUAGAUCCUUGGUGCCCUUUUAUCAAGUGAAGGCUCUUUGAAUAUGUGGUUUAUUGUUACUCCAAGACCAUUGGCGACCAUUGAAUACUGUGUUUCACCUAAUUUGCAUACAUGUUCGGUAGCUAAAUUUAACUCCGUUUUGUUUUCAUGUAAUUGUCUCUUAGUUGCUUCUGUUGAUAUAUUUUUGGGGAGGGGGCUUGAAAUGUCAGCGAAAAUUCUCUUAAAUUGUAAAUUAGGUCACUUCAAUGAGCUCUUGCAUGCUUAGAUAUUGUUUUUGGAUCACCCAGCAAAAUAUUCGUACACUCAGAUGAUUUGUAUGAUGCAGUUCAUACAUAUUUAUGCAAGUUUCUCUUGUCACAUGGCAGUGGUUGUUAGGCUGUGACAAGAAAUGAAGUUAUCCCAACACAAAUGUUCUUUUUAUUUACAUUGAAUAAUUAUUCCUGUGAAGAGUUCAGAUUAUCGAUUCCCAGUAACGAUUCUUGCAGAUCCAUCCAGUGUUGUUUCAUCAGAAACGUUUGAGGCGUGGGUUACAGAAAUGUGGUUGGUGUAUACCCCUUUUUUUUUUUUUUUUCUUUUUUUUUUUUUGUGGACGGAUUAAUUGAGGCUGUCCUGGAUACAUUUUUAACAAUGAGCAUGCGCAUUGUGCGCAGUCAAUGAUUUUUAUGUUGACUGGUAAAUUUUGUAAAUUUGUUUUGGGCUUUUAUUCAAUAAAAUAUUGGAUGGAUUUACAUUAA